UAGCUUUAGGAGAAAGCACGUGACCCGAGCCGGCGAUCAAGGAGAGGCGGUGGGCCUCUCGAUCCACCAGAAGACGCGGACUCGAGUAGUGGGUGAAAGGGAAGCCCACAAAGGGGGUACCGAUGGUCGAGUCCGGUCUGCGGCUUCUACCUGAGCGAGCAAGUCUGAGCAGGAGAGCGAGUGACAAAGAGGGACACUUCUUGGACUCGGACUGCAGGCAUUCGAAACUUCCUUAUUGGCCAUCAGAGAUACGAGAAAGCAGGUAUGAAAAAAUGGAAGAAAUGGCAACAACAACGAGAAGCCAUUUUGAAAAAUGAUGAUCCUUCCAUUGAAAACUCACUUCCUCGUCCUCAUCAUGAAGUUGUCUUAUGUCGCACUUGCCGUUCUUCCUGCCCCGGUGAAGGUGUCCAUUGACUCCCGAAACUUAGAACACAUCCUGCGGUGGGAACCUGGAAGAAACACUCCGGAGAGUACUCGGUACCGAGUUCAGUGGUUCAAGAUUAAUAAAUGGCGGUCUGUCAAGUCCUGCAGCAGUAUUACUGAGCCCACAGUGUGCAAUCUAACAAAGAACUUCAACGACAUUUACGAGUACUACAAGGCCCGGGUUCAAGCUUACAGGAAGAACUACACCAGUUCCAACUGGACAGAGACCAGCAGCAAGUUCAGGCCCUUUGCCCAAACCUUCCUGGGCCCACCUGAAGUGACUCUGAGCAGCCAUGAAGACCACCUCAUCGUAGACAUGAGGCCACCCAGCGCCAUUGAAAAAGUGUAUCCUGUCAUCACCUAUAAGAUAACAGUCAACGAGAGCAGCAAAGGCGAGGUGGCCACACAUGAAACAACACAAAAUCGCUACAAAAUGUCAAAUUUAACCCCUGGCAAAACCUACUGCAUCAUGGUGCGCAUGUCUGUCAAUUCCAACAGUAACGCGGUGCCCUCCCGAUGGCAGUGCCAGUCCUCCAGCUCACCAGAUGUCUUUAACGUGACCGUCCUCCUGUCCUUCCUGUGCGUUGCUCUCCUUUGCACCGGCCUUGUGCUGGCGGCCCUGGCCUACAGUGGAUUUCUGUGCAAACCGAGGGACCCUCUUCCUGAAGUGCUGGUGUCUUUUGCUGCUCGACAUACUGAAGUGUGUUUACUGCUGAAGGAUGGAGACUUGUCUCCUGUGUGCGUUCUGUGGGGACGUAAUGCUUGUGGUGAGCAGCACACGAAUGACAGCCAUGAUGAGGACACAGAUGGCGAGGACGAGGGGGGUUAUGAGAUCCAUGCUUUCAGGACAUGCGACUCCGAAGGCUCCCAUUCAAAGAGCUCCGUGACCAUCGAAGUGGUGGACUAUGACAAAGGGGCUGGAGUGUCGCCCUGGCCGUGCCUCACAACACUUUCAGCAGGUGGCUCAGUGGAGCAGGUGGAGGAGCUGACAGCAGAGGAGACCGAAUGCACACCGGUGGAGGGAGACUCUGAAGAGAAGGAAGAAACACAAGAAGAUGUCCCCUUGUUUUCAGUGAUGCUGAUGGACCUUGGCCAGCCCCUCAUCACCACUCCUGUGUGGGACACUCGGCCACAGAUCAAUGAGCCUCCUCUCGAGGAGCAGCAGCCUCUUCUAGUUCAAACUCUUACUGAGCGUCCAUAUGUGGGGACAUCCAUGCAAAGAAACUGGACUAAAGAUGGCAAGCGCUGGGACUCGUCGUCUGAUGAGGAUGAGGACCUUGAACCUUCAGGUUACAUGAGCCGUUAAUGUGGUGUCCAGUAUCUGGACAGACUUUGUGUUUCAGACUUCGGGGUGAAUUGGUGCCAUCAGUGUGCCAGGAGUGUGUUUGCUGGUCUUGUGCCUGUCUAUACCACCCAUCAGCCACUCUGUCAGCCUUCAUUAUGUCUGAGAACUAAAAUGAGAGUUAAACGUGCAGCCAUCUUUUGAGCAGAAGGAUCAAUCGUCGUUAUGAAGGACGGCCUCCACAAAUGCAUUGUCACCUUUGAAUGAGGGCUGCCUCUCCUUGUUUUAUAUACUGUGUGGACUGCAGGGGGCACUCAAGAGCAGACCCUGAAACCAAAAGACAGAGACGGGAGAUGCAGUAGCCCAAUAGAAAGGCAGCUUUAAUAAAGAAAGAGAAGAUAAUUACAUUAAGUGAUGAUGAGGUAGGAGGGGAGGAAUAUUAACAUCUGCCACGAGCUGUGAGGUAAUCCCAACCCCUAGUCUCCUACCUUCUCUGUGGACCACCACUCUCCACCAGACUGACCUUCCUUCAUGCUAGUCAGUUGACCUCAUGCCAGCUGCUACAUCCUAACAACAAGGGGAUGGAAGGCCUUUUAAGGUAGAGCCAAAGACCCCUGAGCGACCUCCAGUCCAGUAUCAUGCUGUUAGGCUGACGGACCACCCCACACGUGACUAUAAUGACUCCAAAUAUGGGGGAAUUAGUAAGGCUGUGUGCAAGGUGGAUGGACCACUGGAGCUACUUCUGGGGGUCUUGGAUUACCUCACAAAUCCCUGCUGCUGUUCUAUUGGUGAAGCUCCCUCUAGUGGCACCAAGUGUUUCUGCACAUAGACAUAAUCUGGUGAGGUCCAGGCCGGCUGAACACAGCAGUAGCCAUGUGAGGUUAGUAUAUACUGCCCCUAGUGGCUGGGGGAUCUUAAAACAUGAUAAUUGGAUUCCUGCUUCUUCAUUACAGUCCUGGCCCCUCAUAGUGCCCCCUGUUGGUCAUGACAUGACAGGUGCUAGUGCCUAUAUAAUAUAAUAUAGCAUAUCCUUCACAAGUGCCAUUACCAGCAUCUACUGCUGCACAGCCCCAGUGUCACAGGGGCAUCAAAGGGGGUGUCACCCCCUCACUUUUGACUUUCAAAAACUUUUGCUUAUUUGCACCCAUGUGAAGUAAGUGCAGUGUCCGCGCUCUUCAUCCAGUUCCAUACCCUCGGAUUGUGUUCCUGUAUUUAAAUGCUGCAAGGAGGUAUAAAAAAGGCCACUUUCAUGGCCGUGGAAGCCUGCUGUGAUCAUUCUCAGUGUUUUAUGUUCAUUUGAGGGCUGCAGUGUAUUUGUCUUGCAUUAAUGUUUAUACAGUGCAUCCAGAAAGGGUGGAGCCCAGGGGGUGGAGCCUAUUUUAACUAGGCCAAUCUUAGGACAGGUCUUCCUAAAUUCUAUCAAGCAGACGGAAAAAGUUAUUGGACUAUGAAGAUGCCUUCCAGGUUGUACCACAAACCCCAUCCAGGAACGUCUAACAACAUCUCUUUGCUGUUCUUCCCUUCUGCCAAUCCAUUAGGUGACAUAAGCAGCUGCCUAGGGUGCCGUCAUUGGGGGGCACCAUUUAUGAAAGAGGCAUGCACUCCAAACACUGAGGGAGACCCCCAGAUCAUCAAACUCUGAUGAUACUGAGUGGCCACUGUUACCCACUGGGUGCCAUUAAUGAAAGUACAAGUACAUCAAGGGGGGGUCGUCAGAGUUUAACAAUGCUGACUACCCGCUACAGGCAGCGAGGCACCCCUUUAAAUGGACUUCAACUGCCAC